AUGCACCAGCCGUCCGGAGGCGGGCGCCGGCCCAAUCCCGUGCGACGGGGCAGCAUAACCCCCAACGUGCCGGGCACCCGUAGGGGAAGCCUCGUGCCGGGUGCCGAUCUAGGUCCAGCGGCGACAGGUCGACGCCGGCAGCCACGGCUGCAUGAGCUCAACUUGUUCCACUUCGAUCUCAGGGAGUUGGUUAAGGAUGUGCUGCUCGCGGAUGGCGAGAGCCGCGUGUCGUACCACGAAUACGCGGUCUUUUCGGCUCCCGACGCCAUCGGCGAGCCCCAUUCCCCGUCUAUCAUGUCUUCGGGCGAGGACGGGCUGCGCAUGUUUCGGGAAGCUAUAAAAGAUGGACAUGGUCUUGAUGAUGACGGUAAUUUCACACCAUCGCCGAAAGGAAAGUCUCGUCUGCAGGGCAGAGUGAGGCAAGUCAUCGCUGAGCGUCGCCUUGGUCCUGAGUCUCCUGAUUCGAGUAGUGGUCCAGAUGGCCUCUAUCUUACAGUUGACGACUAUGAGUCAUUGGGACUGCAUUCAGGGACUCUUCCCUCAGCCCAGCGAAUUACUGUCGAGUCCAUGUUCUGGAACUCACGCAGAGAUAAGUUGAACCUUAUACUCAGUUUCUCGAACCACCCACAACCGCCAUACGAUUUCUUGUCAAUGGAGUAUAACUUACGGUCUCGUACUACUACUGCACUGAUCAGACGAUCCUUUAACACAAGGUGGCACGAUGAGGAUGCGUUGGAUGAGUACGAGCGCCGUUUGGAUGCGAGUCGAGAUCGAUGGGCUCAUCCUCUCGUGCUUCCGACUGUUCUACUGCAAGUACAACUCUUGCGCACUGAAGAGGCUGUAGUCUCAAAUAACGGCGAAGUUCUUGAGUUGGAAGGCCGUGUAGACGAUUUGACCGGAAGCCCAAGACGCGCUGCCGCUGAGGCUCGCAGAGUCUCGAACAGAAACGACAAUGCGCCUUUCAGUCCACUUAGAAGACUGAGUACUUUCAAAGACUAUGUCGAGGAUAAGGUUGGACGACGUCAAGAUGAACGGCCCAAACCCGAGUUUCUCGAAGAGCUCGACGACGAUUAUGUACCACCUCAAACCAUCCACUUGAUGAAGGAAGCGCAUGACGUUCUUAAGGGCGCAAUUCAGCUUCUGGACACGUUGCGUUGGAUGGAGCGUGCAGUGAAGCUCUUGAUCCAAGCAGGCGAUGAAAUGGAUGCCCGGUUGACAGAGUUGAAGCAACAGACGGCGGGAAAGACAGGAUCGGCGCCCACGUUUGACGAAGACAAUGAACUGUCUCAUCAUUGGCAUGAAAUCCGACAGUACCUCGAUUGCACCUGGCGGUUAUGCACUUCCCUCGAAACAGACCGACGCAUGUCGGAAUUACGGUGCCGAGCUCAGAUUGAUAUUAUCUACUCGAAGAUGGCCCAAGAGGACAACAAUCUUAACGCCCGCAUGGCUGUAGCCUCGACUCGAGACAGUUCCUCGAUGAAAGCGCUUGCUGUGAUCACGGCCAUUUUCCUGCCUGGAGAAUUCAUAAGUAGUUUAUUUGGCAUCUCAAUGUUCGAUUGGGAAUGGGGCACUGCUGGCGAUGAUGCACUUAGCAACGAUGCUCCAGAUGGAUAUCCCCAUCCAGUGGUCAUGCCUCUUUUCUGGGUCUACUGGGCAUUUACGCUGCCUCUAACCAUCUUCAUCAUCGUUUUGUGGAGGGCCUGGUGGGUGAAUCAAGAUCGGUUCUUCCGCCGACAUUUGAGCAUGGAGCUCAGCAAUGAACGAUACUGGACCACGGACGGUAAACCUCGUGACUUAGAGACCAGCUUUUUACAAGACUUCUUCAGCCUCUUCGCACGGAGUGGAGCAGGGAGUACUGCAAACAAUGCUAUUCUUGGCACAAAUCGAAAGCGCACGAUGAGUAUUGAGUCGCAAAACCCAGGGCUUCCUAGACGCCUGGGAACUUUCAGCGCUAGUACCACUAUCGGGAAGGAUGGAGACGGCACUGGGAAUGAUACCAGUGAAGGUACUCCGCGUAUGAGAACCAUAUCAUUUGCUCGACAGCCUCGGGUAGCAUCUCCGUCAAGAGUUGUCUAG